AUGGGUAGUACUUUUAUUCUUAAUGGAAUUGCUACUAAAAGAAAGCAUUUGCUGAUCAUGGCUGGGACCCGUCUACUUCAGCGCGUCGCUCUUGGUAUUGUGCACAUUGCUGGCGAUGACCAGAUCUACACGGAUUAUCAAGAUGAUAGUUUCGCUGCUGCCUGGGCGAUUCAGUCAUCUAUUUUAUCGGUGGCAACGAUGGAGGUGCUCAGUAACAAGGUAGUGUUGACCUACAUAACCAAACAAGCACCGCGAUCACAUGGAAGCGGUGGACCCCACGAUUACGUCGUGACCGGCGGUCGUGACUUGCUUUCUCUCCGCAAUCAUCACUUUGCCGACCGGCGCUGA